AAAAAUACAGGAAAACGCGAAGUACGUCUUGAUCAUGUCUAUAAAAGGGCGGUCACCGCCUCAUUCGGCACCCACAACAUCAUUUGAUUAUUCUCAAAACCCGAAACUUAUCUUCCUCCAACCGAAUACAUACAGAGAUGGGUGCUUGCUUGUCUUCCUCUUCCACCAUCAUUGAUCAGAAGCAGGCCUCUGCAGCCUACGUGAUCUCAACCAAUGGAGAGCUCCGUCAAUAUACAGUUCCCAUUAAUGUCUCUCAAGUUCUUCAAUCUGAGAUGCCUUCUGAUGCUUCCUUCAUUUGCAAUUCCGACCGUCUCUACUUCGACGAUUUCAUACCUUGUUUAGAUUCAGAAAACCAACUUCUGGCCGGUCAGAUCUACUUCGUGCUCCCUGCUUCCAAGCUUCAGUAUCGCCUGAGUGCCUCCGAUAUGGCAGCUCUCGCAGUCAAGGCUAGCGCUGCUCUCGAGGAACUCAACAAAAACAACCGCCGCCAAUCUAACAAGUUCAGGAAGAGUAAAAAGAGCAAUUCCAGAAUUUCACCGAUGCUUCUCCAAGUAGAAGAUGAAUCUCGAGAUUAUAGUCAAGGUCAAAGCAAUAGGACGACGGGGCCGUCAAUGGGGCUUGGGGUAUCCAUGAGAUCUGCGUCUGUCAGAAAAUUGCAGCGAUUAUCUUCGCGGCGGGCAAAGAUGGCUGUGCGCUCCUUCAGGAAGCUUAUGACUAUUCAAGAAGGAUCCGUUCUGUUGUUUAAUUAAUUACUUCAUUCUUUUCGGUCUUCUUUCUUUCUUCCUUUUUUGGCCAGAGUUAACGUAACAUGCUAUAGGUUAUAAUUAACGUGCUCUGAUCUAUAUAGUGUUGUCACUAUUCUCUCGCUCCACAUGUAAAUACAAAUAUGCGAGAGUUGCAGAGCACAUAAGAUCAAAUUUCGCUGUAUGUAAACUCUACUUGUUGAAGAACAACUAUGUAUUAGCCUUUUUGUGCAA